AUGAAGUUUGGAUGGGACUUAAGGGUUGGUCUGAACAGGCGGCUAUCUUCAUGGAAGAAUUCCGAAGACCCUUCACCUGGAGACCUAACUUAUGGAAUAGAACUUCAUGAAUAUCCUGAGGCAGUUAUGUGGAAGGGGUCAAAAAAACACUAUCGAAGUGGCCCCUGGAAUGGCCUUAGAUUUAGUGGUGUACCUAACUUAAGGCCCAAUCCCUUGUAUAAAUUCGAUUUUUUCUCUAAUGAGGAGGAGGUGUACUACACCUAUCAGUUCACUAAUGAAUCUAUAAUUUCAAGCCUUGUUUUGAACCAAACCACCUCCUUGGCGGAGCGCCAUAUAUGGAUGGACGCUGAACAGAUCUGGAAGAUUACUUUAUCAAGGCCGCAAGACGAUUGUGACGAUUAUGGUGUUUGUGGCGCCAACGGAAUAUGCGACAUCGUUGCCACACCUGUUUGCCAAUGUUUGAUGGGAUUCAAGCCAAAAUCACCGGCCAGAUGGAAGUUGAUUGACACGUCGCAGGGAUGCAUACGUGAUAAGCCUUUGGACUGCAAAAGUGCAGAAGGCUUUAAUAAAUUUGUGAACUUAAAAUUGCCAGAUACUACUAAUAGUUGG